AUGCCAAUGCUCUCCGAUACUAUGAUAGAUGGUGUUCGUAGGCACAAGUAUUCAUGUGUUGACACAAGUCCUCUAUCGAAUUACAUAUUUCAUCCAUUCUGGAACUAUAUAGUUCAGUACUGCCCAAGAUGGGUUGCACCCAACAUGCUCACAAUCAUUGGAUUUGGUCUUACGGUUUCAAAUUUUCUUAUGCUUACAUUUUAUGAUUGGGAUUUCAAAUCUCCUUACCAUACUCCGCGCGUCAUAUGGCUGUUAUCGGCCCUCUUGAUUUUCGUCGCACACACGUUGGAUAUAGACGGUAUCGAUGGUAAGCAAGCACGGAGGCUAGGGCUCUCAUCUCCACUGGGGGAGCUAAUGGAUCACUGUUGCGAUGCUUGGACAGCGGCAUUUUAUCCACCCAUCCUGUUUUCUCUGUUCUCAGGUCAAGUAGAUCCGAACAUUUUGUUUGCCUGUGAAUGGAUUAUCAUCUGUGGCUUCCUACUUGCACACUGGGAAAAGUCCAUUACUGGAGUUUUAUUCCUUCCGUGGUCAUAUGAUUUGGGUCAAAUGGACCUUUAUUGCACCGUUUCUGCUUUCGCGAUUGUUAUUCAUUCUUCUUUAUGUGACUUCUUCCGAUGGUCCGUUCAGACGACGAUCUUUCUUUUUGUUACGACGUUUUUCACCUCACCUUCGAUCUGGGCAAACCGUCUUCCGAUCAUACAAAUGAACGUUCCUGAACUCACGCCAUAUGUAGUACAUGGCGUGUUUUGGCUCUGCGCCAUUCCAUCCAGCGUGAUCAAUGUGGUUGUAGCUUGCAACAAGGACAGAACGAAGGUGCCAACACCAGGGGCCGUUGUUCGACCCUUCGUGGGAACUAUUUUCGUUUUCCUCGCCUCGUGGAUUUGGAUGACCCUCUCUCCGACACGCAUCAUGGAGCACUCACCGCGCCUCUUCCUCCUUUGUGGCGGCACCUUGGCUGCCAACAUCACUUGCCGCGUAAUCCUAGCUGAGGUGACCAAGACGAAGGCCCCGAUGUGGUGCCAUCUAAUGGGCGUCUACGGGCUAGUGGUCUUCGUUCUCUGCCUCGGUCUUCCACCCACCGCAGCCGCAAAACUCGAAUUUCCCUGCUUGCUCGCCCUCACCUCCCUUAUCACUGUUGCCCAUCUACUCUUCUUCGGAGCCGUGGUGAAUGAAAUGUGUGAAAUAUUUAAUAUUCGGGCUUUCCACGUUUAA